AUGAAUGGGGUUUCUGAAGGUCUGAUCAUCGGUACCACGGUUGGUGUGGUGAUAGGGGUGCUGCUGGCAGUUGGAAUACUCCUGUGCAUGAGGUAUCGGCGUUCUCAGGCGCAAAUAAGGAGCAGUAGCUCGAGGAGGUCAUCGACUAUCCCCAUCCGUGCAAAUGGUGUUAAUACAUGUGCAGAGCUGUCGAACUCAACUACAGGGCAGGAAUCGCCGAGAGAGUUUGAAGAUCGUGGACCAUCCCUGUGGAUUGAAGGACCUGGAAGGAAGAGCCUAAUAUCAGCUUCUGGGAUACCCAAAUAUGCGUACAAGGAACUGCAGAAAGCUACCAGCAAUUUCACAAAACUGUUGGGCCAAGGAGCCUUUGGUCCUGUUUACAAAGCUGACAUGUCAUCUGGUGAGAUAUUGGCUGUUAAAGUACUUGCUAACAAUUCAAAGCAAGGUGAAAAGGAGUUCCAAAAUGAGGUCUUACUUCUUGGGCGAUUGCACCACAGGAAUCUGGUGAACUUGGUUGGUUACUGUGCUGAAAAGGGGCAACACAUUCUGUUAUAUGCAUACAUGCCUAAUGGGAGCCUAGCAUCACACUUAUAUGGUGAAAACAGUGCACCACUGAGGUGGGAUUUGAGGGUAAAUAUAGCUCUAGAUGUUGCUAGGGGGUUGGAAUACCUACAUGAUGGGGCUGUUCCUCCGGUGGUUCAUCGAGACAUCAAAUCACCAAACAUUUUACUGGAUCAGUCCAUGCAUGCUAGGGUUGCCGACUUUGGAUUGUCAAGAGAAGAAAUGCUUACUAGAAACGGGGCCAACAUACGUGGAACUUAUGGAUAUCUUGAUCCGGAGUACGUGUCCUCACGAUCAUUCACAAAGAAGAGUGAUGUGUACAGCUACGGUGUUCUGCUAUUUGAACUGAUCGCUGGCAGAAACCCUCAACAAGGUUUAAUGGAAUAUGUUGAGCUUUGCAAUCUAUGA